UACCACAUUGGCGGUCUAUUCGGAAAUCAUGGCGGACGAUAUAUCGUACGAAAUCUACUGGACUAAAGAUCCCAGCGAUGAUGAAAACAGUUCACUGGUCCAUGUUCCAGGUGUCAAUGAUGUUGGCAACAGAAGACCCAGUGUUAAGAUGAGAGCACGAAAAACAAAAGAAGUGAAAGCUAAAGUACCUUCCAAAUCCCCUUUAGUUAUAGAAGACUUAUCAACAAGUAAAAGAACACCAUUGAAAAGUAGUAACAGAAAAAUGAAUGAGGCGGAUAACAAUAUGAAGAUUAAGAAGAAACCAUCGUUAAAGGAUUUGAGACCGGAAGAUAAAAAACGUGUUGCUAAUUUAAUACGUGAGUUAGCAAGGAUUGGUGAAGAAAAAGAGAAUGCCUUGGAGCAGCUGAAUGCAGAGAGAAAUGAGUUUGAAAAUAAAAUGUUGAGUAUUCAAGAACAGUAUGACAGUAUACUACAAGAACGGGAAGAUAUCCUUUAUAAAAAUAGAAAAAAUUAA